GGCGCGGCGCGGCGUGGCGCGGUCGGCUUGGCAAGGCUUGGGGCUUGGCUUGAUCCGACUCGAUUCAAUUCCGGCUCGGCUCCGGCUCGAGUUGUCCCGGCACGAGAUCACUAUACGCAUCGUCCCGAUCGAAAGGACGCACGCAGACAGACGGAUUCGCUGAAGGAACAAGUAAGGGAACGCAGGAGAAGUCGCACGGCACGGCGGGCUAGCCUCGUGCGCGGAGGAGAAUUAUGAACGAGCGACGUCGCUCAGCGUGCGAUCGCCACCAUCGUCGUCGUCCCGCGGCCGUCGACUGCUCCAGUGAGGAUUUUUGACACGAGUGCUCGGACCGUGCGAAUCUUCAUCGUCGUCGUCGUCGUCGUCGUCGUCGUCAUAGUCAUUGUCACCCUCGCCGACGCCGUCGUCGUCGUCGGCGUGGACGACGUCAGUGGACUCGCAGCCGGACGAUCCGCGAUCUCGUGGAGUGUUGUUCCCAAUCGGACUAGAAUGAACGGCUUCAGUACCGGCGAGGAGGACUCGCGGGGUGCGGCGGACCAGAUCUGCUGUCUCAUCGACGAGGGCGAGCGAUGUUCCCGCCCGGCCGGCAACGCGUCCUACAGCAAACGCAUCCAGAAAACCGUCACUCAACGACGGCUCAAGCUGAAUCUCGAUCACAUGGCACGACAUAUAUACAUCUGUGAUUACCAUAAACAAGUGAUCCAGUGUGCGAGAACCAAGCAGCAGCAGCAACGUAGACGUAAAGACUCCGAAGAAGACUCGGGUGAAACUGACAAUGACAUCCCUGAAGUCGAUCUCUACCAGUUACAAGUUGGCACUUUGAGACGGUACAAAAGGCACUACAAGAUUUCCACACGGCCGGGUCUCAACAAGUCUCAGUUGGCGGAAACUGUCAUGAAGCAUUUCAAGACCAUCCCAGUCGUGGAGAAGGAAGCUCUCAGCUUUUUCAUAUAUACAGUUAAGACAAACGCGAAUAAGUUAGACCAAAAGAACGGUUUAAGUAGUAGUGACACGACAUAACGUUGUGUAGCGGGGAUUUAAACACAAUGUCUAUUGUAAUAUUAUACGUUAGUUAUGUGAUAAAUGUAAUUCUUACUUC